GAAUAGUAAAAUUCUGAGCAAGAGGAAAUCAAAGUGAAGUAAGAAACAACAAAAGGUUGUGCGAAUACAUUUGAUUUGUAUCUCAACUUCUCUUAUUCUUUUUCCGCUUGCAGUUCAAGUUCAUAGCAGUUUAACUCUUUUGUCACAACUUCUGGAAAGACGGAGAGUCAUGUUUUUAGACAAAGAUUUGUCUAAACUGAGACAUGACUUUUUUAAAUUUCGACCCUCUAACAUCGAUGAUGUUUCAAGGGAUCGAUUGGAGUUCUUUCUAUGGGAGUUAAAUUUCCUGGAGGGUUUUCUCAGUCUGCAGAGCUUCACCUUCGUAGAUGUCCCGCAGAAAAUGAAAGAAAUUUGGAAGAAAUCCAUAACAGUACAGCAGGCUACUCUCCAAAUUAUCUUUUCUGGUUCUGACAGGGAGUGGUCCGCUGAUCCAAAUUUUGAUCCCUUUGCCUAUGACGUGCCAACGGAAAUUUGGAAGACUAAGCUCGAAUUUAGAUCAAAAUACUCCUUUCCCGAUAUAUCAUCAAUAGCAAUUCCAGCCAACAAGGAUGAUAUUCCUCCCCGCAAAUUUCUAAUGGAACUCAUCGAUGUUGUUAUAGAGAAUCUCAAUGUUUUAGUGCAGAUUGAUGAUCCUUGUUCGCUACUUUAUGUUCCGGAACCAAAGGAACAAUUAAAAGAGGUUUUGAAGGAGUUGAAUUUGCUGAGGUUUUUCGUUUGCUUUGUUUCAAACAAAUGCACAGAGCCAGCUCAAAGCGGACAUACUUUCUUCACUCACGUUUUAAUUGUGUCCAGCCACGCAGCAAUGGUUGCAUGGUUGUAUUUGCCCAUCCAUGGCAAGGAAAAUCAAGACGUGGCUCCUGGUGAAAUGAAUGCUUUGUUUUCUAAUCUCCUGCAAAUGAAUAUUAGGCCCAUUCAGCCAGGUAUUCGCAAAAUUUAUACAGAUGUCCUGUGCGCUUUGAAGUCGAUUAUACAACCAGGAUGGCAUCCCAAUAUUCAAAAUAAGCAUGUAACUGAAAGUGAAUUUGUGGAGGCUCCCGCACACAAUUUGAUGAAGCUACCCACUGUUAGUAAUCCUAGUGGGACAGUUUCUUCAAAUGAUCAAAUGGCAAUCCUUCAGGAUAUGCUCAGCCUUAUAAGAGCCAAUCUCAUCCAUCUGCCAAUACUAGGUCGUGAGUUUCAUUGUCAAGAUAUGGACACUGUUAUUGUUGAUGCCGGACUUCUUAUUUACUCUAUAUAUGACAGUGAGGGGGAGAAAGAAGGCAUGACGAUGGAGGAUGUUAACCAAGCACUUGGUCUUGAUCUUCCGGGAAACAUUCAGCCUGUCAAAGCCAUGAUAUACCUCAUCAUUCGAAAGGCGUUUCAAUCUAACUUGCCGAGGAUUCAUGGACUAGGCUAUGUUGAUUUCUUUUUAAACAACUUGAAGGAGUUCCAGAGCCGCCAUUCAGAUUCCCUCGCUUUUGUCAUGAACCAACUUCAAAUAAUUCAGAAGGAACUUGAGAGCUUGCAACCUUUUCUAAAGACUGUUUCACAAGACCAACACAAUAAGCUCAAGAUAUUUCAAGAUUGUGCUACACAGUUGAUUAGCAAAGCAUAUGAGGUGGAAUAUGUGGUUGAUGCUUGUAUAAGCAAAGAAGUUCCUGACUGGUGUCUUGAGCGUUGGCUCCUCGAAAUCAUAGAGGAGAUUACUUGUAUCAAAGCAGAGAUAGAAGAGAUUCAAGAAAAGAAAAUGUGUAGUUCAGUACUAGAUGAUACCAAUACUGCCACUAAUCAUAAGUCAUCACAAUGGGUUAAGACUCCAAUGGUGAAUCAACCAAUUGUUGGUCUCGAGGACAUGAGGAACGAAUUGAGAGACAAACUAACAAAAGGAUGCCGAGAACUAGAUGUUACCUCUAUUAUCCGUAUGCCUGGCCUAGGUAAGACAACUUUGGCCCAAAACCUCUAUUCUGAUGGUUCAGUUGUUGAACACUUUGAUAUUCUUGCACAAUGCUGUGUGUCUCAAGUGUAUAAACGUAUCGAUUUGCUUUUGGCCAUUCUGAACGAUGCCAUUGGCGAAAGCCCUAGCAUCUCUACUGAAGCUGAUGUAGCAGAAAAGCUUCAGAAAACUUUGAAGGCAAAAAGAUAUCUUAUCCUUAUUGAUGAUGUGUGGGAAGCUAGUGCGUGGGAUGAUUUAAGGCCUUGCUUCUAUGAUGCCAAAAAUGGAAGCAGAAUCCUUCUAACAACGCGGCAUCUUGCACUUGCCAAUUAUGCUACAUCUGUUAGUAAACCUGUUCAUCUCCGAAUAUUGAGCAAAGAUGAAAGCUGGGAGUUACUAAAAUCUAAAGUAAUUGGUGAAGAAAGGUGCUCCCUUUCCCUUGAAAAAGUUGGGCGACUAGUAGCAACAAAGUGUGGAGGGCUUCCUCUUUCAAUUGUUUUGGUGGCUGGUAUUCUGGCAAGGAUGGCGAAGAACGAAGAGAGUUGGAAACAAGUGGCUACAACUUUAAGUUCCCACAUUCACGGCGAUUCAAAGGCCAUUGUGGAACAAAGUUAUCAGGAUUUACCAUGUCAUCUUAAGCCUUGCUUCCUUUAUUUUGGAGCAUUUUUAGAGGAUAGAGUGAUUAAUGUUUCCAAGUUAACAAGAUUAUGGACCUCAGAAGGAUUUCUAAAAAGUUGUGAAGGCAAGAGGUUGGAGGAUAUAGCCGAAGGUUACUUGGAGAAUCUUAUGGGAAGAAAUCUAGUUAUGGAUGCUAAGAGGAGUUCAGAUGGUAAGGUAGAAGCAUGUCGCCUUCAUGAUGUAUUGCUCGAGUUUUGCAAGGAAAAAGCAGCGGAGGAGAAUCUUCUGCUAUGGAUAAUACGGGAUCACAAUGCCAAUCCUUCUUCCUGCAUUUACUCUCAUAAGCAGCAUGUGCAACGUCGAUUGGCCUUUUGUGAAGUGGAUAAUCUUGAAGAAUGGAGCUCUUCUUGCUCACAUGUUGGCUCAAUACUUUUCAGGAGUAAUACAGAUUUCUUUGCCCGAAUUUCCGUACCUAAACCCGCUUUCGCUAUUUCACGCAUCUUACGGAAUUUCAAGUUUCUAAAAGUGUUGGAUUUGGAGCAGAACGUUGUUAUUGAUUCUUUUCCAACUGAGCUAGUUUACUUGAGAUAUAUUUAUGCAGAAACUAAGCAGAAGUCAAUCCCAUCGUCCAUAUCAAAUCUUUGGAACCUUGAGACUUUGAUAUUAAAAUCUUGGGGACAAAUGUUGUUACCGGUUACUCUUAGGAAGAUGAGUAAAUUGAGACAUGUGCAUAUUAGUCACUUCUUCAUUAUAAAUAAUGCGGAAAAGUUACUUGAGGACUCCUCAAAAUUUUAUGAUUUGGACACUAUUUCUCAGCCAUAUUUUUCUUGUGUCGAGGAUGUUGAAUUGAUGUUGAGAAAAGCACCUAAUAUUCGGGAGCUGGAAUGCAAAUUCAAGGGUGUUUGCAGCUCUCUGUUCCCUGUAUUGGAUUGUUCAGCACAGCUUGUGACGCUACACAUUAUUGGUGAAGUCUUAGAGCUCCAACAUCGGUAUCCUGUAUGCAUCUCCGCAUCAAAUCUCAAAAUAUUGAAACUGUCCGUCUUUAGACUGGGCCACGAGCACUUAUCAAACAUUGGUCAGCUUCAGAACCUUCAGGUGCUAGAACUGCUAGCCAUUGAAUUUGACGAUGAAAAAUGGGAAGUGAGCGAUGACGAGUUCCCUGGACUCAACGUCUUGAAACUAAUGUUUUGUCGCAGUCUUGAAGAAUGGGCUGUUUCCGAUGACGCAUUUCCUAGCCUUGAACGCUUGUUUCUGCGUGGACUAGAAAAUCUGAAGAAGAUCCCUUCUUGUUUCGAAGAUAUCUCUUCUUUAAAGUCCAUUGAGGUAAGGGAGUGCAACGAAUCUGUUGUAAAUGCAGCAAGGGAUAUCCGAGAAAAAAUAGUUGAAGAAUAUCAAAUUGCUGAUUUCAAGCUCUUCAUCAAGUAAUCAGAAUUCAGAGUAGGAAGAAUCUGUAGCCAGAGCAAUUUGGAAGAUCGCUGUGUAAUUUUUCAUAAGUUUCUCUUUAAUUAAUUUUGUAAAAUUGUCCGUCAGUUGCUGCGUUCAUUUUAAAUAACGAAAUAAAUUAUUCAUUGAAUCCUUAA